UUUCCGCAGGAGAUUCGAUGGCGCCUUUCAGAGCUUGAGUCACCACUUCGGAUGCGAAGUAUGAUGGAACCAAAUCCAUGGUUCUCGAAGCAUCUGUCGGCAAGUGAGGAGCGUGACGGCCUGAUUCGGAAACUCUCUACUCUGGAAGACGGCAAAAGGUUGCUUCAAAAGCUGAGUACAGCAAUAAGUGAUGAACGGCUGUGUCUUCUCCUUCAACAGACUGAAGAGAGGAAUGCAGCAAUAGGGUACUCCCUUGUUGGUGAAGAUUUAAACAGACCGCCGUUAAUGAGAAGUCUCUCAACGGUGCAGUGUGGGGUUUUCUCCUCGUUAGCACUUGACCAGGCAGACAUUCUUCGACAGAGAAUACGCAAGGGAUCUUUGGUUGGUUACAAGGAUGUGAGGGGAGAUUUCGUUGCUGACGAGGAUUGGAAAAUGAUUAGACAGGCGAACUCCGACAAGUCUUGUGAUGAGUCCAACUCCAACUCAAGCGCUGAGCUUUCAAAGUCCUCCAACGAUACCGAUCAGUCAAAGUCGGAUGUAGAUGAAUUUCUCGUGAAUACUUCUGUUUCUGCAGAUGAUUCUGUACAGAAUUAUGGAAAGUUGAUGAAAAGGGACAUAAAAGAGAAAAUGGGUGGAGGUGAAGAGAAAAAUGGCGACGAAGAGGAAGAAGAGUCAACAGUACCUGCUCUUCUUUUCUUCGAGGAACCUGCUCCAUUAAAGGGUGAAGUAAUGCGAGCUCCAUGUCAACUCAUUUCCCUAAUCCGAACCGUACCAGGGUGGUUCGCUAUUACACCAACCUCAUUGCAUUUCUUACAGAACCACGCUGAGCCAGUUUCGUGCGAGAUUGAUGUCACUAGAGCUGAUCAAUUCCGUAAAAGCGAUGGUACAAAAGAUUUCUCAAUUGAACUCAACAUGAAUGACAUUCGAGAAGUUCAUCUCUGUCGCUACAAUUUGAGACGUUCAGCGAUUGAAAUAUUUCUAAUUGACCUUCAAAACUAUCUCUUCAACUUUCCUGCUAACCAUCGGAACAAGAUCUACACUUGCAUCAUGAGCCACCACAUGCCUCAGUUGAUCUACCGCAAGGGUCGUAGCCCAGCGGAGGUGUUCAAGUUCUCGAGACUUAUGGAGGUGAGUUUUGUGGAACCGUAUAUUCGUGGCAAGUUUGUUGUCUUUCUUAUUUCAACACUUCCUUUGAACGAAUUUUUGUACAUUGUGGCACUGUAA